UUAUUCUAUCACAGAGUAGAAACUGAACUGUGUAGCAGGCCAACCAAAUCCCUUUCCCUUGAAGCAAUCAUUCUAAGUUAUGAUAAAGCAUUUCAAUAAUCACCGGAGACCCUUCCUUCUCCUUCAUCCCCAUUUUUUUCUCCCAAAAUCCUUUACUUUCUCAUUAACCGAUCACCCUUCUACCCCAAAACCCAAACAAAACCCACCUCUCUAUCCUCGCAAUUUUUGCACUGGUAUCAUCCCAUCGACCAAGACCCAUAUCUAUGCCUCUUUCUUCUGCACCCUUAUACACCUGUACUUGGACUGUGGCAGAUACUCCAAUGCAACAGACGCAUUCUCUGCGAUGAGGAAGCGUGGUGUUGUUCCUACUAUGCCCCUCUGGAACCGGCUUAUUUAUGGCUUCAAUGCCUCUGGCUUGGUCUCUCAGGUAUGGGUCCUUUACUGUGAGAUGAUCUCCUGUGGGGUUUUGCCUAAUGUUUUCACAGUCAAUGUGUUGGUUCAUUCCUUUUGUAAAAUGGGUAAUAUCAGUUUUGCGCUGUAUUUGCUUAGAAAUGUUGGCCAGAACAAUAUAGAUACUGUUACUUAUAAUACUGUAAUUUGGGGGUUUUGCAAGCAUGGUUUGGCUUAUCAGAGUUUUGGGUUUUUGUCUGAAAUGGUUAAGAGAAGUAUAAGUAUUGAUUCUUUCACUCGUAACAUAUUGGUUAAGGGGUUUUGUAGUAUUGGGUUGGUUAAAUAUGGAGAGUGGGUUAUGGAUAAUUUGUCCAAUGGUGGGAUUUGUAGUGAGGUUAUAGGGUUCAACAUAUUGAUUGAUGGGUAUUGUAAAAGUGGAGAUAUUGGUUAUGCGCUUCAAUUGUUGGGGAGAAUGAGAAGAGAGGGUCUAGUUCCCGAUAUCAUCAGUUAUAAUACUUUGAUAUAUGGGUUUUGCGAAAAGGGUGAUUUUGUUAAGGCAAAGAAUUUAAUUGAUGAGAUUUUGGAGUCUAAGAGAAACAAUGGCUAUGAUCUUUUGAAGACUAAUGAUCCUCUGGAUGAAAGUAGGGCUGCAAUGGAACCAAAUCUCAUCACACACACUACACUCAUAAGUGCGUAUUCUAAGCAGCAAGCACUUGAGGAAGCACUUUUUUUGUAUGAAGAAAUGGUCACCAAUGGAUUUUUGCCUGACAUUGUAACAUAUAGUUCAAUUAUAAAUGGUCUUUGCAAGCAUGGAAGGCUAGCUGAAGCAAAAAAGCUAUUGAAGGAGAUGAAGAAAUUGGGUAUGGAUCCCAAUCAUGUCUCUUAUGCUACUCUUGUCAAUUCAUUGUUUAAAGCAGGCAAUCCCAUGGAAGCUUCUGCCCUUCAAAGUCAAAUGGUUGUCCUUGGACUGGUGUUUGAUGUGGUGGUUUACACCACUUUGAUGGAUGGGCUUUUUAAGUCUGGAAAGCCAAAAGAGGCAGAGGAUAUGUUUGUUUCUCUUUCAAAGCAUCAUAAGUUAGUGCCAAAUUCUUUUAGCUACACUGUGUUGAUUGAUGGCCGCUGUAAAUUAGGAGACAUGGAUGGUGCAGAGGCUCUGUUGAAGGAAAUGAAGGAAAAACAUGUUGUAGUGAAUGUUGUGACUUAUGCUUCCAUUAUAAAUGGCUAUGUUAAAAAGGGAAUGCUUGAUAAAGCUAUUGAUGUGAUGAGGAAGAUGGUGAGUGAAAAUGUCUUGCCAAAUAUUUUUAUUUAUGCUGCUCUACUUGAUGGUUUUCUCAAGGCAGGUAAAGAGGAUGAUGCUCUUCAACUCUAUAAUGAAAUGAAACAGGUUGGAUUAGAGGAAAACAAAUUCACAGUUGAUGCUUUUGUUAAUAACUUCAAAAGAGCUGGAAGAAUGGAGGAAGCUAAGGGAUUUUUUGAUGAUAUGAUGUCUAGUGGCUUGUCACCUGACUGUGUUAAUUAUACAUCUCUCAUGGAUGGCUUUUUCAAAGUGGGAAAGGAAUCAGAAGCUCUUACUUUGGCACAGGAGAUGACUGAGAAAAAUAUACCAUUUGAUGUUGUUGCUUACAAUGUCUUAAUUAAUGGUCUCUUGAGGCUUGGAAAAUAUGAACCACAAUCUGUUUAUGCAAGAAUGAGAGAGUUGGGUUUGGUUCCAGACCGUAUUACAUACAAUUCCAUGAUAAAUGCAUGCUGUAAAAAGGGAAACUUGCAAGAUGCAUUAAACCUUUGGGAUGAGAUGAAGAAUUGUGGAAUAAUGCCAAAUUCCAUCACUUGCAACAUUCUGAUAGGUGGGCUUUCUAAAGCCAGUGAGAUUGAAAAAGCAAUGGAUGUUUUGAACGAGAUGAUGCUUUUAGGGUUGUCACCUAACCCAACUAUUCAUAGGAUUCUGCUUGAUGCAUCUUCAAGGAGUAGAAGGGCUAUUGCAAUUUUACAGAUGCAUGAACACCUUAUUGGUAUGGGACUUCAACUCAAUCGGGAAGUUUUUAACUCUCUCAUCACUGUUCUAUGCAGACUGCGGAUGACCAGAGUAGCCACUUUUGUAUUGGAAGAUAUGAGAGAAAGAGGGAUCUUAGCUGACACAAAUACUUACAACUCCCUUGUAUGGGGGUAUUGUGCUGACAGACACUUUGAGAGGGCUUUUGUUACAAUGUCUCAGAUGUUAAGUGAAGGAAUUCCACCAAAUGUUAUGACUUACAAUAUCAUCCUCUGGGGUCUCUCAGCUGCUGGUCUGAUGAAGGAAGCAGAUGACGUAUUUAAUGAAAUGAAGAGAAGAGGCUUGUACCCUAGUUCUUCAAGUUAUGAUGCUUUGAUAGCUGGCCAUGCUAAGAUUGGAAAUAAGAAAGAAUCUAUACAACUAUAUUGUCAAAUGAUCACUGAAGGCUUUAUUCCCAGAACUGGCACUUAUAAUAUUCUUAUCAAUGAUUUUGCUACGGCAGGAAAGAUGGCCCAGGCUAGAGAACUUUUUGAGGAGAUGAAAAUCAGAGGUACGUCUCCUAAUUCUUCAACUUAUGACAUACUUAUAUCUGGAUGGUGCAAACUCUUAAGACGACCGGAAGUGGAUGGAGCACUAAAAGUGUCAUAUCAGGAUCAGGCCAAAAGGUUUAUUACAGAGAUGAAAGAAAAGGGGUUUAUCCCAUCUGAAAACACUCUUUCUUGUAUUAGCUAUGCCUUUGCAAGACAAGGAAAGAAGGCUGAAGCUCAGAGGAUGAUCAAAGAACUUGCCCCCUAUUUUUCAGAUGCAAUUGUUGGUGGCAUGUUAGCACUGUGUUCUGAAACCAGGCAUUCAUUCUUCAUACAUGACUUGCUUCAUGUCUCUGUAUUUACUCAUUCAUGGCAACUUGUCUCUUUGAGUGCUGUGGAACAAGAUCAGGCUAAAGUCUUUGCAUCAAAACUUAUAAGCUGAUGGAGAAGCUGAUUCAGCUUUAUGACAUCUUGCUCAUGUCAUUGCCUGGGAGACCAAUCAUGAUGUUCGUGCAUUGAGAAUUUUUCUGAGAGCUGCCUUGUUGAGAUAAUGAAUUCCUUUGUUGAUGUUGAACAAGAUUCCUAGUCAAAGGAAGAUUUCAUUGCUUGGUAACUUUAGGUGCAUUGAGACUUUUUCUGCGAGCUGCCUUGCUGAGAUGAUAAAUUCCUUUCUUGACGUGAAACAAGAUUCCUUGUCAAGAAGGAAGAUUUCAUUGCUUGGUCACUGUAGUUUAAAUGAAUGAUCUGUGAAAGAUGCUGCUUCUACUACCGUUGUCAAGACUAACUUGUGCAUCAUUCACAUGGGUCUGGCAUAUCUUAUCAGGGAAGGAUAAGUCUUCUCCUUUCCUUGGAUUGUUACAAAGCACCUUUAGACGUAAAAUAGAGGUUGAUAGAUGGGUUGCAUUUUGCUUUGACCAUCUCUAUCAGAAUCACAGCUCCUACUGAAGUGAGAAGUAGGGGUACAAGCAUAUGAUGCCUGUUUUCAAGAUGGUUGAUGUCUGCAAAUGAAGGUCGUAUCCAUAUGUCUGAGGCAAGAUUCAAGUGCAUAGAGCGGCAGAGGGAUCAUUACCCAAUUUAUGCACCUGAACCUAAAGGUUUUAUGCUUCUUAACUACCUCAAUCCUACUUAGUAAUCAAGUUUGGUGCUCUCUGUUGGAUCUUGAUUAAUGGUGAGUCAAAUAAAGAUUCUUAAUCAACAUUUUCUUUGCCAUGGACAUUGAGGUAUCAAACAGAUGAAGAAGAUUAAGAAAACAGUAAAAUGCGUUUAGGAAAAUAUAUGCAAGAGGGAUGGUUGUACUCGGAUACAUUAACAAUUAUGUGGAGAUGCUAAUAGAACAUUG